AGGAGUAUGACAAUUGGUCAGAGGCAAGAACGGUAUGUUUCUGGAGUGAGUGGUAUCGAUCAUUUCUGAUUCCCAGGACUCGUGUUGAGUUCGGAGUAGAAAGUGCGGUAAAUUCCGCAACGCAUGCAGCCACUCCAGAGACGGUGGGGAUCAUGAUGAGACAUCGAUACUGACGAUUCUCUCCUCUCCCAUCUCAGAGUACGCCGACGAGGUGACGAGAUGAGACGGAACAAUAUGUUGAUCCAACUGCCUCCUAUUCGCGACCAUUUUGGCGAUCUCUUACAUCCGAUCAGUAUUAGUGACAUUCACUCAGGUAGCCGUCAACACUGCUAUGCCCCUGUGAAGCUUACUUUCGAGAGGGGUCUAAAGCGAUUGCAUGAUUUGUCUGAUCCCUGCGAACCUCAGACUCUACCGCCUCUCAAACGCACCCGCAAGUCCGACUUUCGUCAUGUGGAUCAGCCCAGUUCCUAUCGCCGCAUCGAACUACCCGCUGAUAUCUAUCAUCUUAUCAUUGAGAACUACUGGGACCAGGAAAAUAUCUGUUGUACAAGUCGGAAGACAGUGUGCGCCCUUGCGUUGACUUGCCGGGAGUGGAGAGCUGUAGCCCGCCGUCACAUCUUCCGAUCGAUAGUCUUGCGCAACGAGGAGGAGCUUAACAAGCUUGUUUCCAUCAUUCGUCGCGAGAAGGACAUUUCCGGAUACAUUUGGAAGGUUCGCCUCUACGGAAGUUUGCCUGCGUCGAAUGAUUCCGGGCAAGACUUUCCACUGAAAUUGGCAACGCAGGAUAGUUGGAUAUACCAAUUUCCUUCUGUAUUCGGCAGUUCUUUGCCCAGCAUCAGGAUUCUUGAGCUGUUCAAUUUCGCACAUCUUAGUCCGCUGCAAGGCGAUUGCCAAAUUUUUGCGGGUUGGGUAUGCGGGUUAGCAACGCUUCAGUCGGUUGAAGUGUUGAAUCUGAAAUAUUGCGAAAUGGGACCAAACUGCCUAACAGCGCUUGUUCGCGCAUUCUCGCGGUUGAAAAGCGUUGGCCUCCGUGAAGUAGACUUCACUACUCCCGAAGAAGUGACAUUGCUGGACGUGUCCACACCUACUUCAAACAGACCCAUCUUCGUCUGCCGCACCAUUGCCUCCAGAUUCGGACUUCCUGCAGUUAUCGACAUCCUCGACCGCAGGGAAUCAUUGGUCAAAUACAAGCUUUUCAAUCCUUGUCCCCCGCUACAGUCGCUGUACAUAGACAACGCCUAUGCCAUGUAUAAGCCAUCCAAUCUCGGCGACUUCGUGUACUGGUUCGAUCCUAAAGCUGUAUCAAGGAGCCUCAUAUCGUUGAGUAUUGGCACUGGCGUUGACAUGAAGUCUGUUGCACGUUUCCUCACAAGCCUGGGAUCCUGUCCGUCAUUGAGGAAUGUGAAUAUGUACGUGAGUUGUAACGCCGAUUCUCUCAUGCGUUAUGGCGUCGACAUGUCAAACCUGGUCAACCUCAAAACUCUCCGUUUACGGUGUGGAAUGCUUGACAUCGCCCAAACCCAUGCCACUCACUAUCUCCUUUCUUCGUUACCAUCGCGUUGCCUAAAACGGUUGAUCAUCGUCAUUCAAUUCGAUUCUUACUACAAAGAGGUCGAAUUGCUAGACGAGUACCUUAACAGUGAGAAGUUUGAAACGGUUGAAGAGUUCUGUGUGGAGUUCUUGGAGGAUGACCAACAAGUAUCCAAGGAGGUGAUUCGGAAGGAGAUAUUCGAGAUGUUCCCCCGCAUGAUGGAACGAGGCCUCUUGGCAGUUGACGAAUAUCGGUGGCCAUACUUGUGCUACUAACUACUCCACACAGAGAUGACUGUGUAACUUAUCCCACCUUUGAACUUGAAAUACUGAAAUUCUACGUACGCUGAACCAUAUGCUACAUCAUUGGAUUAUAUAUAAAGACUUGGAAGAGACCAUGCUACAAUAGUUUAAAUCGAGUUAGAAGGAAAUGACAUCGAGCAAUCCCAGCGAUAGUUAUGAAGUCGGUUGGGCUCGCCCAACUAUCAAUUGAAUGAAGCAUAUUGUGGCAACAUCUUUUCGCCG